AUGGCGGACGAAGCAAAAGCUAAAGGAAACGCAGCUUACGCCUCCGGUGACUUCGAUUCCGCCGUGAAUCACUUCACCGAAGCCAUCAAUUUAACACUAACCAAUCACAUUCUCUUCUCGAACCGAUCCGCUGCUCACGCGUCGCUUCAUCACUACAACGAAGCUCUCUCAGACGCGAAGAAGACUGUUGAACUGAAACCGGAUUGGGGAAAAGGUUACAGCCGUAUCGGUGCUUCUCACUUAGGGCUACAUCAGUUCGAUGAAGCCGUGGAGGCGUACUCGAAGGGGCUUGAGAUCGAUCCAAGUAACCAAGGUUUGAAAUCAGGUUUAGCAGAUGCGUCUAGGUCACGGAAGAUAGAGAAGAAACGGAAACCUGAGACGGAGUUUGGAGAAGAGAAGGACAAGAAGCAGAAGAAGGCUCAGAGUCAAGAAGAGUUAGGGCGAGUUAAGGUAAGUGGUAGUGAUGAGAAUGUGGUAAAGAGUAAGACUUGUUUCGUGUGUGAUGGGGAAGACGAUUGGGUGUUGGUAUGUUAUAGAGAGGAAUGUUCCAUAGCUGUUCAUCAAAGCUGUGCAUCUGACGAACCUGAUUUCGAUGAAUUCGGCAAUUUUUAUUGUCCUUAUUGUUGGUAUAAGCGUGUGGUUUCCAAGUAUGUUGAGCUAAAAGAGAAGCUUAUGGUGAAGUGA